AUGGACAUUAAAGGGUCACCAGCUGAGUGUGGACUUAGAAGAGUCCCCAAACACAACCUUGGUGCUUGGGUAUAUCUCAUUCCAGAGCUGGCCCAGGACCCAGCACAGACAGCAAAGGCAGCCCUCACCUUCCUGGGUGUGUUUCUAGAAGCAGGGAGUGUCUUCUCUUCUCGAAGUACAGAGUCCCAGGCCUCUCCAGGACAACACUCAGACAGAGAAGGCUCCAAGGUCCACCAUGAUGUCUGUUCCUUCUUCCCUAUGCUGCCCUUCUCUGCCAUCCCUGCUGCUGACUCUGCUGCAGGAUUCACAGUUCCCCCUACAGUGACAGUGUCCCAGUCUUCACGCUCCUCAGACUUGGUGGCUGUCACCUGCCGCGUGCAGAGAUUCUAUCCACAGAGUGUGCAUCUCACCUGGACAGAGAACUGCCAUACGAUCGAGGGAGCUGAGCAGCGCACAUCCAAGCAGAAUAGCGAUGGGACCUACACCCUGGAAGGCUUGCAUUUGGUGAACGUGUCAGGGCCGGGGUCCGAGCAGGUGCUCACCUGUAAGGUGCAGCACGAGACCCAACCUCCCAUCCAGGCCAGCCUCAUACUGUCUGCGGAAGCACACGGCACAUACAAGCCCAUCGGAAGCUCAGGUCCCGAGAUGCCUGCCCUUAUCUUUGUGACAUUCCUUCUGGGCUUCAAGGUGCUGCUGGCGAUGAGUUUCAUAGUCACCUACAUCUGCGGGUGGGGGAGCCGGUAA